GGUCAGGUGACGUACAGCAUCGGCAUACACAUCCCGCAACAUCACUGUCUCAGCUCGGCACGCAAAGGAACCUAUCGACAGUGUAACCCUGAAAGACCCCACACUUUCCCAAAGAUGGCUGACAGUAACCAGCAAAGCCCUCCUCAGUUGGGGCCAGUGCAAUUUUUAAUGAGCAACAAGCUAGAAACUGCAAUGUGGCUGUCCCGACUCUUCACUGUCUACUGCUCUGUAAUGUUUAUUCUACCAGUUUUGGGACCCUAUGCAGCAGCAAACUUCUAUCAGAGAGCCUUGUUAGCGAACGCCCUCACCAGUGCUCUUCGCUUGCAUCAAAGGCUUCCGCGCUUCCAGCUGAGCAGAGAGUUCCUUGCCCAGGCUCUGCAAGAGGACAGCUGUCAUUAUCUGCUGUAUUCACUCAUCCUGGUCAACUCAUACCCCAUCACAAUGAGCAUUUUCCCAGUCUUCCUCUUCUCCUUGCUUCACGCAACUACCUACACAAAGAAAGUCCUUGAUUCAAUGGGCCCAAACAGCCUGAUGAUCAUCAGAAAUCUCCUGGACAAACUAACAACCAACCAGCAGAACAUUCUCAAGUUCAUCGCCUGCAAUGAGAUCUUCCUGAUGCCAGCUACUGCUUUUAUGCUUUUCAGUGGUCAGGGGAGUUUGCUGCUGCCUUUCAUUUACUACAGAUUCCUCACUCUCCGCUACACAUCCAGAAGAAACCCAUACUGCCGCACGUUGUUCACAGAGCUGCGGAUUCUUCUGGAGCACUUCAUCAUGAAGCCCGCUUGUCCCGCCUUCUUCAGGAGGAUGUGCCUCAGCAGCAUCGCCUUCGUCAGCCGCCUCGCCCCCACGGGCGUCUGAUUACCUGAUGUAAAAAAAAAAUGUUGUUUUUCUUUUUCUUUUUUUUUUUAAUUUGUUUUUCACCAUUUAGGAUGUGACUUAAACUGUGAUGGGGACUGACAAUGCCAUCAGCAGAAGGAACUGUUCUCUGAAUGUCAGCUUUACAGCCUGUGCUCCAAUCUCUCGUCACAUGCGAGUGGAGUUGAAGAGCAGCCAGUAAUGCACUGAAGUCUCGUGGUGAUGUUUCUUUUCCCAUCCUCCUAAUGUGACCUCGUUCAGGCAGUGGACACUCCUCAUCUUGUUACGUUCACUGACGGGAGCACAGUAAACAUCGGCUGUGUUCUCUAUUUAUCAGCUGUGAUUGUUCUUUCCUCUUAUGUCCUUAUUUAUUCAUGACAAUUAGUUCUUCUGUGAUGAAAUGUUAACAUUCUGAGAUUAGUAACUUAAAUUAAACUGUUCUUAUACAUUUUUUUAAAAAUUCUUUUCCUUUGAAAAAUCAUGCUGUGCUUGGAUGGAUGCAGAACAUCAUGUUUGCAGUUUCAAUCACUCUUUUUUUUUUUUUGUACGUGCAAAUCAUCUGAGUAUUCUAAUGUCUCAAUGACUAACUUUCUAUCAAUGCCAUCAACUGAUUAUUUUAAUUUUGUAAAAAUCUGUGUAGCUCUGAUGUCAAAAUGGGUGUAGAAGUAAAAGAAAAAAACAAAGAUAUCGGCUGUAUUUUAUAGAAUACUUUCAGGUACUAGAUCUUUUUCAGUUUGUAAUGAAUUGCACAAUGCAUGUCAUGCCUGUGUCUCCAUCCUGACCUUGUUUCUGACUCAUUUUUACUUGUUUCUAUUGUAGAUUUCUUAAUUAUUGUGCGCCACAUUUCUCUUUUUUUUCUGCCAUGUUAAUUGUGUUCAUUUGCCUACAGAGAAACCACAUUUUUAUGACGAGAAUGAAUCGAUCCCUUAAUUAAACUAAUAAAAAAUAUUAUAAAGUAUAAAAAUGUGGGUUUGUUCUCAUUAGAGCCUCAGGCUUUGGGCCUGCUCUAUUUAGAUGUUUAUUGGUUUUCAUGGGUCUAAAUUCAGGAAACUUCCCAUAUACAAAGUCGCCAGUACAGUGCUUUGUAAUAUAGACAGAAAUGUGACUUUAUAAUAUGAUUUAAUUUCAAAUAACUGAAUUAUUCAUUGACAGAGGCCACUACUCGUGGACAGUGUCCAAUUGACUUGUAAAAGCUGACCUGAACUACGUAAAAUUGUUUAUUUCCUUCAUAUAACAAUACAGUUUUAAUCCAGUCUGAAUUAUUUUGCAUGUUCGAUUUGCCUAAAAUAGAUUUUUGCCAUGCUUAUGACUUAUUAUUGAAACACUUUUUUAAUGUUAUGGCUCAUUGGUGAAUAUUUGUAGCCUUUAAAAAGAAGGGUAAUUGUGAAUGUCAAUACUGUAACUCUUGUAGUUAUAGUAAUUAGAAUAAGUCAAUUAAACAUAUCUGCUACAACA